UGAAAGUUCAUCGCAGUUUCUUAGUCGUAAAAUGACUACAUAUUUCUAACUUGUCUAAGAACCACUAAUUUUUUUUAAUAUGUAACUGUUCUUUGCAUAAAACACCAGCCUAUGUUUCAUCUAUAAAACAGCCGUAGCAUAUUUUGAACCACGACAUAUAUACUUUCCAAUCAUUGAUCCACCAUAAUUUUCUCAACUAAUAACCAAUUCAUCCUAAAUCAUGGCAUCUCUAUAUAGCUUUCCUCCAUAAAGUAGCCGUUAAGAUGCCUUUAGAUAAGAUCAUUAUUUCCUCAAUCAAUUAACCUCCGGUCUCCUUACUUAACAAUUAAUUCACCCUAACCAGACCUCAGUCUAUCCAGUUUUUCCUCCAUAAAGUAACCACAUUAUGUUUUAAAAUCAGAAUACACUUUCAUAAUGAACUCUCUCCAGUCUCUCAAGUUUUUCUUCCUUAAAAUAACCACACUAUAUUCUAAAACCAGAAUAUACUUUCAUAGUGAACUAGCCUCCAGUGUUUUAAUUCAAUAAUCCAUUCACCCUAAACCGUGACAUUUCUUGGCGCUCUCCAGUUUUUAUCUGUAAAAUACAUGUAACCGCGAUACAUUUUAAACGAUAUACUUUCUCAAUCAACUAAGACCAGUCUUUUCAUUUAAUAAUCCAUUUACCUUAGACUAUAAUACCUAUUGUGGUUCUCCAGUGUUUCCUCCACAAAGUGGGGCACGAAAUAAACUCGGACACUGCAUAAAACUCACGGAGGAAUGUAACAGGCGGGGCGGGGUGACGCAUCGCCAUGACUCACGAUUAGCCAAGAGACUGACCGACCGACCGACCGACCAAUCUUUUUUAGCGCGCCACGUAAUCCAAGCAGGAAGCAAACGAGGCAUGCACCACCAUUCGUGAUCCGGAAAAAUAAAACAUGGACGUGUAAUGACAGAGUUUUUGCGAUGCCGAUAGAGGAAUGCAUGAGGCGAUGAAUAUGGAGUGUGCGAAACCUCUCGAAAAGACGGCCAAACGGAAACAAAAGAGGAUCGUGAAGCGGGGCCCAGCGCGGAACAGGUAGCAUUCGACAACGGGGUCACUGGGAAAGAAGGACUUCAGGCUUACUUUUCCGUCUGUCCUUCUCGACGCACCCUUAGCCAUGGGACCCUCUCAGGAGAAAGGAGAGUACGAGGUGUCCGGGCCUCAAGGGACAGACCUCUACCAGAACCGACAGGUGGCGCUGCCACCUCUCUCUCACACCCCGGCGAGCGAGGCCCCUUCCCACGCCUCACAAGGAGGCGGGUCCCUGCGUCAGCGACGAUCCAGGGCCAAAUCGGUGCUAUACCCUUACAUCCACGGCCAGACACGAGGAGCGGCGGGUGUGCAGGCAGCCUCCAGGGGCAGCUCCGCCACUGCCAUGUCUGCCAAGUCCAAGGACGACUCGAGGAUCCAGUACGAAUAUGAGCUCAAUGUCGAGGAGCAGGAGGAGCCCAGACCAAAGGCGAUGACGCAGGACAGGUGGCGGGCACUCAAAGUUCGGUUCUUCCGCAAUGGUGACCGGUACUACCCCGGCUAUGAGUACGUGUUCAAGCCAGGUCGCGACGUGGUCAACAUGGAGGCUCUAUGCGACAAGAUCUCGGACAGGAUCGGUCUCAUCAACGGGGCUCGCUACAUCUUCGGGUUAGAUGGACGGCGCCGCUACAGAAUCGAGGAGCUGGAGGAUGGGGAAUCUUACGUCGCCUCCUCUGAUAGAAAGUUUGUGACCCUGCCAUAUGGACUCCUCUCAAAGAAGCCAGGCAGGUGGGGCGCAACGAAUGGUAGUUCCAGUCAAGCCAACCAGGACCCUGAGGCCUUGACGAAUCUGGCAUACGGGCGACAGAGACCAGACUGGAAUCCUACUAACGUUAGCGACAGUGUCCGGGCGGGGUCACCUCUCGUGCGAGAGGUUACCAAGAAGAGCUCCGCGGAAAGUAACAAAUCUGGGAACAGCAAACCGGGCUCGAGGGAGGGGCGCACCAUUAAGGUCAUCAACAACCUGGACCAUUCGCAGGAGAGGACCGUUCUAGUCAACAUGAAGACCAUCAACUUAUGGGAGGAGGUGGUGAAGGACCUGGGGCGAAUGUUCAGAUUGACGGGACACUUGCACCUGUUUACCACCUGGGGCCAAGAGGUGAAAAGUUUCUCCCAGUUCAAGAAUGACUUCGCCAACGUGGACACAUUCUACGUGAGCGUCAACGACACCAACCUGCCUGUUCGUCCGACCCACCCGAGCCACCCAGCCUCCAACGGCGGCUCGGCGACCUCCAGCGCCGUGGCGAGGCCUGACGCAUCGGCAGGAGGGGGAGAUAGGAGGCGCUCGCUUUCAGAGGAGGACGAGAAGCGAGGAGUAAGGCCAGACAAACGGAGCAGCAGAAUGAACAGCAGACGGCCUCCCCUCAGACGUUACACAAGCGAGCCCACACUGAAGGAGGCCGUUGAGGAAAGCGACGAAGCGGAGGAGGUGAGCGAUGGAAGAGUGGCUAUCGUCACCAUCAAGGGGCAGAGGCGAACGCUAUAUGCCCCGAGGAAUCCCGUUGCCUAUGUUCCUGCGCCGCCUCGGGCAAGACUCACGCUCGACUGGGUCUACGGGUACCGAGGCAGCGACACGAGGAAAAACCUGUGGGUGCUGCCGUCAGGGGAGCUACUCUACUACGUGGCUGCCGUCGCUGUUAUCUUGGACCGCGAGGACGAUGUACAGCGCCACUACACCGAACACACGGAGGAUAUCCAGUGCAUGGCUCUCCACCCAUCGCGUGACCUCGUGGCGUCAGGACAACGUGCCUCUCGCGGCCGCAGAGCCACCGCCCACGUAAGGGUGUGGCACGCUCGCUCCCUCACCACCAUGCACGUGCUGGGAAGGAAGGAGCUGGGUGCAGGCAUCCUCGCUGUGGCCUUCUCUUGCAGGAACAACGGGGACUUCCUGCUGGCGGUGGACGCGGACAAGGAGCAUCUCCUCUCCGUCUGGACUUGGAACAACGAGAAGGUGUUCGGCAAGGUGGCGACCCACCAGGACCACGUGUACGGCGCCGCCUUCCACCCCCUAGAUAAUAACCUCAUCAUCACCUACGGCAAGGGACUCCUCUCGCUGUGGGCGCGGCGGAAGGACGGCAUCUUCACGCGUUCCGACCUUGUGCAGGAAAGCUCAGGGCGGACCAUCACAGCGCUGGAGUUCACGCAGGACGGGGACCUGAUCACCGGGGACCUGGAGGGUGUGAUGACUGUGUGGAGUGUGGACGAGGACGGCGAAUAUUACGUAAAAAAGGAGUUUCAGGCCCACUCAAGUGCCAUCAACGCUCUCAAGAUGCUCAGCGAGGGCACGGUGCUGUCAGGAGGCGACCGGGACCGUAAGAUAAUCGCUUGGGAUUGCGACGAGGACUUUGAGAAGAUCACAGAGACGAGGGUGCCGGAGCAGGCGGGAGGGGUGCGGUCCAUCUACCCGCAGCGGCCUGGACACAACGAUGGGAAUGUGUACGUCGGGACCACCAGGAACAUGAUUCUCGAGGGCUCCCUUCAGCGGCGCUUUAACCAGGUGGUGUUCGGGCACAGCAAGCAGCUCUGGGGCCUGUCCAUCAAUCAUAUGGACAGCUCGGUGGCCACGGCGGGCUACGACAAGCACAUUGUCAAGUGGAGGGACACGCAGCUGGAGUGGCGCGUCCAGGCACAGAGUGAGUGCGUGAGUGUGGCAGUUCACCCGCAGGGGACGAGGAUAGCAGCGGGCACCAUUGACGGUCAUUUGGUGGUUGUCAAUGGGCAGACAGGACAGAGGGUCACCACGCUAAGAGUCUGCGGCUCACCACUCUCUUGUCUGGCUUACAAUCCGGGAGGAGAGCUGCUGGCGGUGGGAUCGCAGAACGGAUCGGUGUACUUGUAUCGCAGCACCAAGGACGGAUACGUGUACACCCGCAGCGGCAAGAUGGCAGGAGGGCAGCCUCUCUCCACCAUUGACUGGAGUACCUCGGGCCGCUACUUGCAGACUCUCACAGCUGAUUAUGAUGUGGUCUAUUGGAGUCUGGUGGACUUAGCAAAGGUCAAGAACCAUCAAGACGUGCGCAACGAAACCUGGGCCACUCACACCUCCCCUCUGGGCUUCAUGGUGCACGGUAUCUGGAGCGGCGGAAGAGACGCACCCGUGCAGGUGACAGUGGAUAGAGGGCCGCGCGGGGACGUACUGGUUGCCGGAGACACCGAUGGUUUCAUUAGACUGUACAGAUACCCAGUGCUCAGUGCCAGCUCCGGCUACCACGAGUACAAGGUCUACACUUCAUACGUGUCGGCCCUGCGUUUCUCCCACACCGACAACUACAUGUACAGCAUCGGGGGCACGGACGCCGCCCUCAUGCGCUGGCGGGUCACCUAGUUGUUGAUCGUGCCUUCCCUGUCCUAACUAUUAUUGUCGAUGCUGCUGCAGCAUCAUCACUGCCUCUCAUAGUCAGCAUUUCUGUGUGACGUUACGGGCUUCAAUGGCGAGCGUGUCUGCCCAACAGCAAGCACUGCCUAGCAGCCAGCCGUGUGGUACUUCGUGUCACCCAUAGUAAUGAAGUAUUCAAGGUGGUGACUCAUGGAGCGGCCCUGGGCUGUCCCUGACCGAGCCAACACACACAAUUAGGUGCUGGUCUUCACUGUGUCACCGGAUGGCUACAAUUACUAAACCCUUGGAAUGUUCAGCCAGUGGACGCUAUCACUCCACCUGAGAAUCUGCACACGUCCUGAAGCAACCCCUCUGUCACCGCAGAGAAAAGGCAGCCAUUGCAUUAACUUCUCUCAGUUAUUGAAACGCUGAGGACUGAAAAGGUGAUAUGCGCAACUUUGGCGGAGUAUCCAGGGCAGUGCGACCCCGGGUGUGCGGUUGGUGGGCGAACUCUUCACUUUUUUCGUAAGAGAAGGAUGCAUCGUAGCGAGAAUGGAAGCUAAGCCUCACCACCUCGGCAUGCACAUCCACGCCGCCUUGAAUGACUCCUGUGCUCAUGUUCCCCGCUGCGAGCACAUAAGUGAUAAAUGUGAUAUUCUGCCGCAAAUCUUCAUCUUAUGUCUGUGCUUACCUACACUGUCGAUAGAAUUCUAAACCUAACUUAUUACCACAGAAGCUCAGGUUCUUGACCCUAAAA